AUUUUGCCAACAAACACAUUCGUAAGGAGAGACCGGAGGAUUUGGAUGUUCCUGCUGCAUUGGCUGAUUUUAUCCAUCAGCAGAGAACAAAAGAGCAUGUGGACGACAUGUUUUCUCACCCUUAUCAAUAUGAAUUGGAUCAUCUGGUCAUGCCGGAGAGUCUGAAGUGUAAACCUGAUGUCCAGAUGUAUAAAUCUCUUGCCGAGUCCACUUGUCAAUUUAUCAACACAUUAGAUGACCUUGUUGCUUUGAAUGAGAAGUUAGCCAAGAUGUCUGAGUUCGCUGUGGACCUGGAGCAUCAUUCCUACAGAAGCUUUCUGGGAAUCACGUGUCUGAUGCAGAUAUCAACACGAGAGGAGGAUUUCAUCAUAGACACGCUAGAACUGCGCAGUGAAAUGUAUAUCUUAAACGAGACUUUCACCGACCCUGCCAUCGUGAAGGUGAUUGACUUUGAUACUAUGCUCCUCUAAUAGAUUUACCC